AUGAUCAUCCGAGGAUCGCAAUACUGCAGUGAUACCGCCUCUGCCAUCAAAGCUUAUCAGCGCAAGGCCGAGACGAGCGCGAAUUCGCUAACAUGGUUUGCACCUAGUGACUUCCCGAAGGGAGCGAUCACUUUCGAUGAAGAAGAGGCAGGCUGGAUCGACCAUCCCCACUGCGAUCCUCUCCUGAUCGAUCUCGUGAUAAGAGAUCUCGAGGUUGCAAGAGUUCUCAUCGACAUGGGUAGCACGGUCAAUGUCAUCUUCCACAAUACUUUAAAGAGGAUGAACGUAGAGCUAAGAGAAGUCGUACCAUCGUCCAAGCCGCUAACCAGUUUCAAGCGCACGGCGUCAAUGACUCUCGGAUCGACCAAACUGCCUGUUGUUGUGAAAGAAGUUACGAAGAUUGUCGACUUCGCAGUCCUCGACCACCCAGCCAUUUACAACGUCAUCAUGGGCACGUUUUGGCUAAACGCCAUGAAGGCAGUCCCGUCGACUUAUCACUUAGGCAUCAAAUUCCCGACUAGUAACAGAAUUGCCGCGAUCGAUCUAGGGAUGCCAGACACAGUCAAGACGUUCCUUCCUGGCCGAACACAAGCUAAAGGAAAUCACCACCACCGCAAUGGUGAAACACAAACGGGCGAAGCUAACUCGGGCACUAACUGA